AUGGCUGUCAAGGGUGCACCCACUUGGGGUUAUGCUAAAACCCCUUGUUCUCAUCCAGGCAUCUCAGAUUUGGGCUCAACUCGUUCUGGGUUGGCUUUCAAUUUGAGUUUCCGCAAAUGGGAAUGUUGUUGUUUGGGUGUUGCUUCGGCUCAGAGAGCUAUCACUCCGGUUGAAGAUGAAAAGCCAAACUUGACCGGAGCCGAGUCUUCAGGGGCAAUUCAACGGAUUGAGGACAAUGAGUCCAGGGGAUUUCACAAGGAUAUGAACCUUCUUCCUAAACCAUUGACAGCAAAUGACCUUUCUUCUCCUAGGGAUGGUUCAAAAGUGAGAGUUGCUUACCAGGGGUUACCGGGGGCAUAUAGUGAGGACGCUGCACUAAAAGCUUAUCCGAAGUGUGAGACCGUCCCAUGUGACCAGUUUGAAGCUGCGUUUAAGGCAGUUGAACUUUGGUUAGUGGAUAAAGCAGUUCUUCCCAUUGAGAAUUCUGUUGGUGGAAGCAUCCACCGUAAUUAUGACUUACUCCUUCGCCAUAGAUUGCACAUAGUUGGAGAGGUACAAUUGCAAGUGAACCAUUGUCUUUUGGGAUUACCUGGUGUAACAAAAGAGGAACUAAAACGGGUUUUAAGCCAUCCUCAGGCUCUUGCUCAAUGUGAGAUGACGCUAAGCAGUUUGGGAAUCGUCAGAAUCAAUGCUGAUGACUCUGCUCUGGCUGCGCAGAUGGUGGCCUCAACUGGCCUAAGAAAUACGGGUGCGGUUGCAAGUGCUCGAGCUGCAAAAAUCUAUGGGCUUGACAUUCUUGCAGAAAAAAUUCAAGAUGAUGACGAUAAUAUUACUCGCUUUCUGAUACUUGCUAGAGAACCAAUAAUUCCAGGGACUGAUAGGCCAUAUAAGACGAGUGUUGUUUUCACUCUUGAAGAAGGUCCCGGUGUACUAUUCAAAGCCUUAGCAGUGUUUGCUCUUAGGGGAAUUAACUUGACAAAGAUAGAGAGUCGCCCACAGAGACAACGUCCAUUAAGGGUUGUAGAUGAUUCCAAUGAAGGGAGUGCCAAGUAUUUCGACUACCUCUUUUACAUUGAUUUUGAAGCUUCUAUGGCAGAGCCCCGUGCCCAAUAUGCUUUGGGACAUCUGCAGGAAUUUGCAAGAUUUCUCCGUGUCCUUGGUAGCUACCCAAUGGACACAAUUCCAUAG